AUUAGAUAAAAUUGUGGUCAUCAAUCCAUUUAGCACCAACGGUGAACGUGUUUACUUAGGAGACCAUAAAAAAUUAAAUUCAAUAAAUCAACAGGAAAUACUGUUACCCUUUUAACAUUGGCUCCAAUGGGAUGAAAAAAAGAUGAUAGUAGGGUUUGGGGGUAAUUCCCUUGACUUACUAGUUGACAACUAUUAAUCCCAAUUUGUUAUUCUAAAUUGGAAAAGCCGGCUUAACAUGCACGUACACUAAAUUUAUGAAUUUUUUCAUCUUUAUAAUUUUGAAAAAGCACAAAAUUUCUAUACGAGGCCUAAAAUGUACAAGAUUGCACUAUAGAAAACCCUAAACCCUAAUCCGGAGCCACCCAUAUUAAAAAAAAAAAAAUCAAAAUACAUGAAUGAAUUUACCCCAAAAAAUCCUCAAAUUUGUAAAAUAAUUUAAAGAAGGGGACAAAUCUCGCUUGAUAUAAAACUCCAGAAAGGCCCAAUAAUACAGUAUAAAAAAACAGGAGACAAUUCUAUUGGUGCUUAGCGCGAAGAGAAGGCUUUGGUUAUAAAGAAGCAGAAGCUCAGAAUCCUUCGAAUAUUUGGUUUCCCAUGUGUUUGCUUGAAGCCCCUAAAGCAGAGUGGUCUCUGACAAUAAACGGAAAUGCUCAGAGAUGCUCGCUUCAUGCUCUCUAAGGUACCCUUGUGCAGAAACCUGUUGAUUCCCGUUUGUUUUACUAUUAUAAAGUAUUACUCCUUUAAAAACAAUUCAGCACAGCCUUCCUCAAAUUUGCAAUUACUCCCCAACCACGUUAAACCGGUUGUAGUAAACCUGCUGAAGUCUCAUCCCAGCUUUCUCAGCUUCCCCCUGACUGUGCCUUCCUUCUGUUCACUUAUUCACAUGUUGCUGCAACACCGUAAUUUCGAUGUUGCCUCGCAAGUUUUUGACAGAAUGGUCACUCAAUUUGGGAACAAAUAUGACUUCUUUCAUGUGUUUUGUGAUGGUCUCAAUGAUUUUGAUACGAACCCAGGUGCUUGUUAUGGCUUCUUGAUUGAAAACUAUUGUAGAAAUGGUCUGGUUGGUGAGUCUGUUAAGACUUUUGCUUAUGUUUGUGAAAAGGGUAUUUGUGUAUCCCCUGAUGUGGUGCAGAGAAUGCUGGGAUGUUUGGUUGAUUUAAAGUCUGUCGACGUUCUUGUUGAUAACUAUUAUAAGUUAUGUAGAGCAAUGAGAGGGAAGAACUUUUGUGUGUAUGAGUUUGUGAUGGAUAGUUUUUUAAAGAGGGGUGAAAUUGAAAAUGGCUUGAAUUUUCAAGGAAAGAUAAUUCAGAGAGGUUUUGUGCCUAAUAUUGUUGCUUGCAAUAAAAUUUUGAAAUGUCUUUGCCUAGACAAUCAGGUUAGAAUUGCUUCUAAUUUAUUUGAGAUACUAUUAACAGUUGGUCCAAAGCCAAAUGUUGUGACAUUUAGCACUUUGAUUAAUGCAUAUUGUAAGGAGAUGGAAUUGGAUAAAGCGUUUGAGCUUUAUAAUGUCAUGAUAGAGAGGGGUGUGGUGCCUGAUUUAAUUAUCUAUGGUAUUCUUAUUGAUGGCCUUUUGAAGGCAGGUAGAUUGAAGGAGGGGCAUGAUUUUUUGUUGAUGGUUUUAGAUAAAGGUAUAAAGUUGGAUGUGGUUCUUUUCAGCUCAGUUAUGGCCGCGUACGUUAGAAAUGGAGAUUUUGGAAGGGUAUUGCAGGUGUAUAGUAGAAUGUUGAACGAAGGGAUUUCACCUAAUGUUGUUACUUACAGUGUUCUUAUUAAUGGGUUGUGUCAACAGCAUAGGGUUGCUGAGGCUUAUGGGGUAUUCGGUCUAAUUGUAAAACGAGGUUUGGAGCCAUCUCUGUUAACUUGUAGUAGUCUCAUUAAUGGCUUUUGCAAAUCAGGAAGAUUGAGAGAUGGGUUUUGUUUAUAUGGAAGUAUGAUAAAGAAUGGCCUUAAAUGUGAUGUUGUCGUUUAUAGUUUGCUUACAAAUGGCCUUUGCAAACAAGGGUUGAUGGGUGAUGCUCUUAGAUUCUUCUUUCAGGCAAUAGGUGGGGGUUUAUAUCCAAAUAUCUAUAUAUUUAACAUAUUAAUUGAUGGUUUCUGUAGAUUGACGCAAACAAGAGAAGCUGUGAAGUUGGUCAUGUUGAUGGGGAUGUAUCAUAUAACACCAGAUAUAGUUACUUAUACUACGCUUAUUAGAGAGACUGCUAACCGAGGAAGAUUGGAUGAGGCUCUAUCAUUUUUCUUCCAAAUCCUGAAGAAGGGUUUAUCACCAGAUGUUGUAGCAUAUUCUGCUCUCAUUGAUGUGGUUUGCAAGCAGAAAAAUUCCACUGCUGGUCUGCAGAUUUUUGAGCUGAUGAAAAUAAAUCAAUUAGAACCUGAUAUCACGAUAUAUAAUGUUCUCAUAUAUAACCUUUUGAAAGAAUGCCAAUUAGAUGCUGCAUUGAAACUUUUUAAACAAAUUGCUGAUAAAGGUCUAGAACCUGAUAUCAUAACAUACAAUUCAAUGAUUUGUGGUUACUGCUCAUUGGGAAGGUUGGAUGAGGCAAUUCAGCUGUUUGAAAAGCUGGCAUGUAAAAAUAUCAAACCCAGUGCUAUUACUUUUACUAUACUGAUUGAUGCUUUCUGCAAAGAAGGUAGAAUUGAUGAUGCAAUGCUGAUGUUCUCUAAAAUGUUGGAAAAGGGUCCUGAACCAAAUGUGAUCACAUAUAGCUGUUUGAUUGAUGGUUAUUUCAAAUCCCAAAACAUGAAAGGUGCCUUUGAGCUUUAUGAAGAGAUGCUUGAACGCAAUAUCUCUCCGAAUAUUGUUAGUUAUAGCAUCCUCAUUGAUGGUCUCUGCAAGAACGGACUUAUGCAGGAUGCGUUGUAUGUAUUUCAUUGUGCUUUAGAUUCUCAGUUAUUGCCUGACAUGGUUACUUAUGCAAUCCUGAUUCAUGGUUAUUGUGAGGCUGGGAGACUUACUGAAGCCAAGCAACUGUAUGGCCAUAUGGUGAGAAACCGAAUCAUGCCUGACCAUAUGUUGCUAAGCACACUCACCCAGCAUAAUCUUCGAGAAAUUGUGAAAUGAUAGAUCUUUGGUUAACUAAAGCAUGCUGGAGGAGAUCUCUUGUUUCAUGGUUCACCAACUUCUUGGACCAUGGUGAGCGGUUAUGUAUCCUGCAUCUUCAGAAUAGGAAACUAUCUAAUGAAGCAUGUUUUAUGGCCAAGCAAUAGAUGUGGUUCCAAACUUGAGAAUCAUCCAUGAAGAGAAUAAUCUCACAAUCAUCAUUUGACUUUUUAACUGGUUGAUGAUUUGAACAAGUCCACCAAGAUUUUGAGGGAUUGCUCAUUGUUACCUGUCUCCAACUGAAGCAGUUCAACAUGGAAUAUCGAUAGAGAGAUGGCAUUUUUUCUCUGGUUACUUCCUGUUCCAGAAAAGGGUAUGCUGAUUUCACAGUAUAUCUUUUGUGCAUAUUUGCAUUAUAUUGUAAUUAAGAAUCACACUCAACUUUUCAAAAGAAUCAUUAGAAUGAGCAUUCAGAAGAUGAUACUGGCCAAAGUAUCUAUGUUAGACUUAUUGUAUACCAAGUCUUCUGUUCAUUCCAUUUCCUUACUGUGAACUAUAUUGUUUCAGAAAAUUCUUAAGUAUCAUUUGAAUCGAAUAUACUCUCCUUGAACCUAUGAGAAAAUGUUAUACUCAUACUGUUAGGACCAAUGUAUAUGUGAAAUGGAGAGGAAGAAAGAAAGCUAUGAAGACAGGUGGCCAAACCUUGGAGACAACAAGUGGCACACAUCCAGCAGGGGAGCAUGCGGCAGACAGCCAUGAAGAAUUUGUAGACAAGCAGCCAAAUCAGGGGACCAGUGGGAUAUCCAUUGUUGAGGUGGUGGCGCAGGAUAAGAUAGGCAGUUAUGGAGAGAAAAAUGAAGAAAAGGCCUGGGAGAAGGAUGAGCAGCAGAAAAAGAAAGUAGUAUAGAAGGAAAAAAGGGAGAGUUCCAGCCUCUGGAAUGCUGGAUAGAAUGGUUGUUACUGAGUUCAUGUGUGUUUCCUGAAUUUAUGUUAUUUUCUUUGUAGAAAAUGCAAUAUUAAACCGGAGAACUCUUAUUGCAUUCUGGAAUAUCAUUUCAAUACAAUCAACCUUUUACAAAUAUAGUUCUGGUGUUUGAAUACAA